ACUUGUCAGUCAUUUAAUUGCGCUCUCGUUGGGAGAGCGAGUUGUUUAAUGAUGGUGUGAAAUAUUGCUUCAUUAUUAAUCAAUAUCGUAUUUAUUCCUUUGACUAUCGGCAUCCUAUAAAUAUGUGCUAAGUGAAAUAACUAACUAGAAGUUUAGACGUGGUGUGAUAGGAUUUUCACGCAGUUAAUAGAUUCGAUUAUCUUAUCUUUACCUGAAGUACAUUUUUAUCUUUUGGUGUUAGAAUAUAAAAUAAUACACGCAGGUUUCUGUAGGAUAUAGUGCAACUGUUGGCUAAAGCAAUGGAUACACUAAGGUUUUAUUUUGUCACCUGGAAUGUGGCAACCAAAAAUCCAGGGCAAGACCUGAAUGCCUUAUUGGACUUUCCAUCUCAGUUUAAUAAAAACAAGCCUUUGCCAGACUUUUAUGUGAUUGGACUACAAGAAGUGAAGUCUCAGCCACAGAACUUGGUGAUGGACUCACUGUUCACUGACAGUUGGACUUCAGCAUUCAACAAGAUCCUUUGUAGGCAAGGCUACAUCGUCGCCAAAGCUACCAGGCUUCAAGGCAUACUGUUGAUAGUGUACACACAGAUGAAACAUGUCAUUCAUCUGCGGGAUAUAGAAGCGCAGUACACAAAAACUGGACUAGGAGGAAUGUGGGGCAACAAAGGCGCAGUAAGCAUACGGUUCAACAUAUACGGCUGUUCAGUCUGCCUCGUGAAUUCCCACCUGACGGCCCACGAACACCUUCUGGCUGACCGCAUCAACGAUUACAACACUAUCAUAAAACAACACCAGUACCACGUCAAAGAGACUACCAACAUAUUAUACCAUGAUUACGUAAUCUGGUUGGGCGAUCUGAACUUCCGUACGGACCACCCGGCGGGCAGUAGUCCGACGUCAGAAGAAAUUGUCGCGCAACUCCAGAAGAUUGAGAAGGACAAAUACGCGCCAUUGUUGAGUCAUGAUCAGCUGAUCGCUGUCAUGGACUCCGGCGAAGCGUUCUCAGAGUUCACAGAACAUGAUAUCAGGUUUCCCCCGACCUACAAGUUCUCUAUUGGCGGUGAUGAGUAUGAUAUAAGGAGAAAACCAUCAUGGACCGACAGGAUCUUAUACAAAGUGAACGCGAAUAAUUAUGAAAACGUCACGCUAAGGGCUGAUGUACUGUCAUAUAAUCACAUACCGCACUACACAGUCAGUGACCACAAGCCAGUGGUCGCGCAAGUCAAUAUUAAGAUACGAGCUGGAAUCUCCAUGUCUAUCAUAGCCGAGCCACCGCCGAUUCAUUCCAGUAUAAGAAUGAGGUCUCUUAUCAUACCUCCCCAGCUUCCUACCCUCACUGAAGCUAGUAUGAGCUCAAUACCAGAAUCGAAAAUGGACUUGCAAAAGGUGACCACCUUUGGUGCUAUUUUGCCAACUAUGCCUGACUCUCCUACGCAUGAUUCACCUGAUUCACCUACUAACGAAUUUACUAACGAUAUUGAUGUGCCUGAAGGGAAUGUCUCUAUGAAGGUUGCACUUUUUAAUGCCUUAGACGCUGGUACUGUGAAGACGUUUUCCAACUACACAGAGAAGACCGUGGAGUUUGCUCCAAUCACUCGGAUCUGGUACAUUGGGGAUGCUGACUUUAGGACACAGUGCACACUGUCGCCUGACAUUGAAGUCAAUGAUAACGACUGGAUUGGCAUAUACGAUGCCAAUUUCCACAACCUAGACGACUACAUAGCGUACGAAUACCUGGCCAAGGUCAGCAUACCUUCGGGGCCCACCUACUCUGGACAGCCGAGAACCAUUACAUUGAGCUUCCCCCUCGGUAGUGGCGUGAGGACUCCUGGCUUCUAUAGGUUUAUAUACUUCAGUCAGACGAAUAAUGAUGUUAGAAGUGUUUUGGGUAUAUCGGAACCUUUCGAGGUAAGCAGCAAAGAGGACAGUUUAGUAGUCAUAGAUCCUUGCGAGCAGGCCGCCGGCAGUUCUUCACCGGGGAGGUCCAAACCCUCUUCUGCUAACACCGAUAUUUUCACCGACUUCACCGGCCUCGAUGUGGCGAAGCUCUCGCGGCACUUCUCCAACGACCUGAGUAUUGACUGACUAAAGUCUUACCUCCCUGGCUCACCGGCUAACGUGAGGAAGAACAAUAAUGGUGUCUGAUUCUGGUGUUUUUUUAGGGUUAAGUAUAGUGUUUAUGUUCGUGAACUCGUUAAUUAGGCUUUUGGCAUGUGACUUGGGAUUUUUUUCGUUGAAACUGUGCUGUUAGCUUCAAAAGUAGCUGAACAAAACAAAACUUUCAAAAGUGCUUAACAACAUAGAGGGUCGUAAUUAUAACACAAACGCGAAAAUUUACUUAAGUAUCCUAAACUUUAAAAAAGGGUCGUAAUUAUAACACAAACGCGAAAAUUUACUUGACAUCGUAAACUUAGAAAAAAGUGGAUAAUUCAUCCACUUUUUUAUCGAUGACACGGUGUUUAGUAGUUUUGAAAAUUUUGAUUUGUUCAUCUACUUUUGAAGCUGACUGUACGUAAAUCGUCACAAAAUAGUAUUGUUAUGAUAUUGUAGGCCUACGCGAAAUUGUAUCGAUAAAAUUGCAGUUCGUUUUUCGAAAUUAUAAUCCUGGAUAGUAAACUAAAAAAUGGUAGAAAACAAAUGACCAAUUAUUUGUACCGAUUUUUAUUGUAUUUAGUGUGGUUAGUAAACUGUAGGACAUGGUAACAUUAUUCUGUUUGGUAUGUGGUAAGUCUAUGUAGGUCUUAUUGUAAGAGCAAUGGUGCCUGCUCUCUAAAACUAAUCAUAUUAUAUCACAUUUGUUAGCAAUGCCAUGAUUAUCGUUCAAAUAGUUAAAUUAUUGCAUUUUAAGGUAGUAAAACACAGCUUUUUAGCGAAGAAGGUCGAUUCAUGCUUUAUUCCAUAGCAAGAGCGAUUAAAAUGGGCCGUUGGCCCAACAUUCUUACUAAAAAAUUUUGUAAUAUUAUAAGCUUAGUUCGGACAUAUCGUUGGAACGUAUAAUAAUAUAGUGUAUAAAGGCUUAUGCGACCAAUAACAAUAUAUAACUUUUAAUAACACGUAUCAGGAAUUGAUGUCUAAUGUAUGUAAAUAAGAGCUUCUUCGUUGAGUGAUUAUAUUAGUACAAUUUGUAAUUUUAUAGCAUUGUAACGUGUUCAAUGGUUAGUCGUUGUAUAACAUAAUAAAACUGUAAUAUUACAUAAUAAAUAUACUAUAUAUAUAUUAAUCUGGAGAAGGAAGAAUGUAGAUUAAGUGGGUUUGUCACAAUUUCGGCAGUAUUAUCUUCAUAUAAAAUUAAUAUUCAUACGUACGGUACCAUGAUGCGUGUUUUAAUUUUCUGCGAAUAACAUUCCUGCUUUGUAGCUUUACAAAUCAAUUUGUGAUUAUUUUUUUAAAAUGUAAUUUUGAAGAUAAAAAAAAUUAAUUUGAUAACUACAACAUUGAAAAAAGACCGCUGUCUUACAUGUUGUAUUAUCUGCUAUUUUUUGUAUUAAUUUAGCGAAGUUCCAUAGUCAAAUGUAAGGGCUCAAUAUAAGCUCAGUCUACAAUGACAAUAAAUUAGUUAGCUAAGUGUUGUGAUUCAAAAAAUAUUGCCAUUAUUAUUUUUUUUACUUUAAAAUUUUCCCGUCCCUAUUUUUUUAUACAUUUUUGAAGCUUUGGCCUGCUCAAAGACUUUCUGACUUAAGCUUAGCUUGAGAAAUUAACUACGUUUUUAGCCAUGUGGAUAUAUUUUUUUGUUUAGUUUUCGGGAACAGCAAUGAAAUCCUAUUAUAGUGAAAGUACGUUGUACUAUUUUAGUUGUAAUAAAUUAAUUUUGUUUGAAAACACCACCGAUUUUUUUCACCGAUUAUAUUUUUUAUACCUAUCUAUUUACCGAACCUUGUACUGAAGUAAGAAUAUUUACUAUGAAGUAAGACUCUUAUAGAUUUUCAUAUCUAAUUAUAAUAAAAUAAAUGUAGCCAGAAAACUGUUCGAUGUUUUAAGCUGUUAUUUAUAUAAGCUACUCUAUUAUUGUAUACUAUGUAAUUAAAUAUGGCAUAUUUUAUUUAUCUACUUAAUGUACUUUACUCAUGUAGCCUAUAAAAUAAAAACAAUAAAGCUUUGAUGAUAUUGAUGAAUCAAAAACAUAAAUUAAGUAUGCAAUAUUUGUAAAACUUAAAAUUGAAAAAAAAAAGUGGCUGAGUGUGCUUUUAAAUAACGCAGAUUAUUUGGCACAUACAGAAUUUGAUGUUAAUAAGAACGCAAAAUAAACUUUCUUAAGCAUUAAAAGUACCUAACGAAAUAAUAUUUAAAGCUACACUUUUCUUCUUUUCUUUCAAGGUUUUAUUUUGCCUUUAUUAUGACGUAUUAAAGCCCACUUCUAGUAUGAGGCCGAAUGUAAUAUUACUUAGGACUUAUCUGAUUACACGCAACAACGUUGUCUUAACACUUCAUCAAUGGUUUUAGAUGUUAAAAGUACGGAGAUUAUUACAUUAUCUGUUCACUAACAUAAUGAAUUUUGGGCUGUUACUUUUUGCUUGCCAUUCUCAUAGACAUAUUAGACACGGGAUACGAAACUCGAAAGUAUAAUACAAUGUGGCUCAAUUAAAUAAACUGAUUUAAUUACUGGCUCCCGCCAGUAAUUGCAAUUAUUACACUAAAAUAGUCUACGGCACAUUUGGACGCUAACAGAUAAUGUGUACAUUUCGGCGCCAGUCAACUGCUAGCAUAUGUUCCCUCACUAAAGUUGCAGCUUUCCGAACAUUUUAGAAUUCUUCGCUCAAUAUCAACUUUUUUGAUAGAGCGAGAAGACCAAAAGAAACCUCCGUCUCUGAUAGUGAGCCUCACACUUUAGCACCGUUUCGCAUCCCGUGAUUUAAAUCCAUUUACUUAUAAUAUCGACAAAGGUACUUACGAGGUUAGAUAUUAAGUAAAAACAUACAUAUUGUAGCUAAAAAAUUAUGUAAUUAACUUUAAUCGGAAAUUCAUUUCUACAAGGGUCGAUUCAAUGGUUAAAACAAAUAUGGAAAAUUUUUAUGAACUUUGCUAACCGUAUCCUGAAGUUCCACUCGUUUCCAGCAUCCAGGCAAAAAGUAGUCUAUGUCCUUUGCUAGGCUUCUUGACUAUUUGUCUUACCUUGUUAAAAUCGGUCAAAGCGGGACCGACAGAGAAACUCUCACACAGGUACACAUAGGUACUAAACUAUUUGGCCUAAAAAGUUACCUUUUUCAUUUACCCAUACCAAAAGGUAAAAUAAACUUUUUACGUAACUUUUUAAGUACCUACGUAUAGUCUAUUCUUUACCGGUAGAAUCAGUAAUCCUGGCGGGAAAUGCGAGUUAGAUUCUGAACUUCAUUCAAUAUGUAUAGUGUUCGAGCGUUUUGCCGGCCGCUGCCUCUUUGUACCUGCUUCCCUUUCAAAAUCAGCCAUUACUUUGCCAAAAGGCGUACGUCAGUCUCUUUACGAAAUUAUUGGGCUUUUGUGUUUUACUGUGGUCUAUGAUGCGGCAUUUUAUAGUUGGAUAUAAUGCUGCUAUUUUUGGGUUGGAAAUUAAGUCUAUACCUACUAAUAUUAUAAAGGUGAAGAAUUAGUUUGGUUGAAUGUGCUCAGGAAAUAUUGGACCGAUAUAAAAAAUCUUUCGGCUUCGUUAGAUAUAUCAUGAUAAAAAUAUUCGUUCUUAUACAAGGCUUUAAAGCUAGGUACUUUUAUCCGUAUGUGCGGAGUGGCUCGGGUGUAACCGCUGGCAGAAGCCAGAUAUGUGAUAAUAAGGCGUGACGAACGUAUUUAUUAAUAUUUUAUUUUGUUACAAAAAGGUUACAUAUUUAUGUUCCUGGACUAAAUUCGUUAGUUAAAAUAUGUACCGACAUUUUAUAAAAUAGAAUUAUGGUUAACUUUGUUAAAAUACCAUUUAUAGUGGAUAUUCGCGGAACUUUGCUGAAAAUAAAUUUAAGUGGUGGAUAACCGAACCCACAUUAAAUUUUACGCAUAACUGUAUUAAAUAAAGCUUGAAAUAAAUGGACUUUGUAGAAAUGGAAUUUCCGAUUGAAGUGGUGGUUUAUUUUAUUUAAUUAUGGCAAAAGCAAAAUGGUUAUGAUUGACGCGAGGCGAAUUGUGAAUGUGUGCGUAUGUCUCGGCUGACUGAAUGUAUACUGUUUCAGCAUUCGUAACGCACUGUGUAAACUUCGCUACGCUUGCUACGAGAACUCGUAGCCGUUUAACCGUGCAAUAUUUUGUUAAUGAUCUAACGUUUUGCUCAUUCAAGACUACAUAAUACUUAAUGUCAUCUUGAAUGAUGAGGUUGCAAUUUUCAAUUGUACGCACUCACUAUCAUUAUUAUGGUGCAGUUAAGAAUAAUUUUCUCGGUUUGUCUUAACUUGAAUGUAUCGUACAUUAUACUAUAGUACUAAUAUCUGUUAGUUGCAGUUGUACUUGUAUUGUUCCGUAAUAAUAAUAGAAUCAUUAUGAAACUCUUAUCAUGUGAUUGUUGUUAUCAGAUAGUUACCUAACUUUCCGUAUAAAUGUAUCGUGAUUCGCUGCAUUUCAAAUGCUAUUAAGAUUGUAGUACAAAAUGAUUAAUUUGUAGUUGUCACAACAGUUGUGUUAAAUUAUGGGAAUAGAAUUUAUUUAGUUGAA